GGAGUUUAUAUUCUAGGUGGAUUUCAUGCCUUGCCAUUAUUUAUUUUCACAUCUCAAAAAUCCCAUCUCUCUCUCUAUCUCCUUCUUCCAAAAACAUCUUUGUAUUUCACUCUCUCAACCUUCAUAACCAUCUUUUGUAUUCUCCCUGAAACAUUCAUCUUCUCCGCAACAAACAUCUAAUUCACCUAAAGCAAUUUGAGUUAGCCAGCCAUAUCUAUUCAACAUGAACAACUACCGCCACAGGGAAGAAAACCCACUAUUAUGUGAUUUUCAUCCAAAGCAAGCCAUUAUAGGAAUAUGUCCGCUUUGCUUGAAAGAGAGACUUGUCAUAUUAGCUUCAAAACAAGGAAGUCUUGAUAACUUCAUUCCUUAUUACAAAGAAUCAUCAUCAAUUGUUCAUCAUGAAACCAGUGCUACUGCCACUUCUAACAAUGUCCAUCACAGGAAUAAAUCUCUCCUUGCGUUAAAAAUAUUCGCUUUAAGGUUUUUCCUUCAUCGGCAUCUCGAGUUCCGCAAGUCAUCGGACAAUUUCCAUGUAGUUGAUGCUGAUUGCCAAGGUUAUGAAUCAACCAGCCAAGAAGAUUCAUUCAUCUCAAUCAAGUUCCAAGACAAUGAAGUAGUAUCAUGGGAUAAGGGGACAAAGAAUACGAAGGAAGAAAACCUUGAAAAAUUGUCUAGUAAUAAUCACAUCAACUUAACCAACAAGGAGCAAACAAAAAUCAGUGCCAUGAACAAGGAUAUAAGAUUGCCAACAUCAACAACAACAACUAGCAGUAUCAACAAGAAUAAUAGUAGUAGUGUGGUGGAGCAUGUGAAGUCACAUGCCGUGCUUAAGUGGCGUAAACGUAUUGGCCAGUUAUUUCAGAUCAUGAGAUGGAAAAAAAGAUCAUCAAGUGGUAGUAACAAAACUAAUGUCAACCAUGUGAUGAUCAACAAAGUUAGUAGUAGUGGGGGUGUUAAGAUGAGGAAAGGAAAUUGGAUAAGAACCCUAACAAAGAGAAUGAGAUAAAAGAGAUACAAUGACUUGUGAUGAAAAUAUUGGACCAUCUUUUGGCAAAGGGGGGAAACAAAAUGGGUGGCAUAAGAAGAUGUUGUAAUACUUGUCUUUUUUCACACUUUUUCUUCUUCUUUCUGUUAGCAUUUGUUUUUCUUCAAGCUUAGCCCCACUUUCCUUUUGGUGUGUUUGUGUGUGUUAGGGUUAGGUUCCACUUCCUUCCAAUGUCAUACUGUAAAGCUAUAUAACAUUAUUGAAAAAGAAGAAGGCAGCAAAGAGUCAAAAGAGAAAGGUCAUCUUUUUAUCUAUAAAUCUCUUUUGAUUAGUGUA